AUGCCCCUCGUGAAAAUCGACAUGAUCAAAAAUGUGCGUACGCCUGCGGAGAUCAAGAAACUGGCGGAUAUCGUGCAAGAGGUGAUGCUAGAGAAAUUCAAUGCCCCUCCAAGAGAUCGGUACCAGAUUAUAACCCAACACGAGCCCUACGAGAUAAUCUGCGAAGACACGAAUCUCGGCUUCCAGCGAACAGACAAACUAGUCUUCAUCCAGAUCUUCCAGCAAGGACGGGAUGCGCAUACGAAGCAAGCUGUGUAUGCGGAGCUGCAGAGGCGGUUGGAGGGGGAGUGUGGGGUUCCGGGGACGGAUCUGAUUAUUUCCUGCUCGGCGAAUACUAGGGAGGAUUGGAGUUUUGGGAUGGGGAGGGCGCAGUUUGUUACUGGGGAUUUGUGA